AGUCUCGUGUGUGAUUUUAAUCCCAGCUUUCAUCUUCUUCAUUCGAUCAUUUCUGCAAUCAGAUUUUGCUGAUCAAUUGAAAGUGCAGAGGCCAAUUAUGGGAGGCGGUGGACACGGAGCUGGAACUACUUACAAGGGCAUGACCCUACACCAGCCGAAGCGCUGGCACACCGUCACCGGCAAGGGAUUGUGCGCCGUUAUGUGGUUUUGGGUGCUAUACAGGGCGAAACAAGAUGGACCGGUCGUACUGGGCUGGAGACAUCCAUGGGAAGGCCAUGGUGACCAUGGGCAUGAACACUAGGUUUUCCAGGUCCUUUGUAGAUUUGCUGUCAAUGGUGGGUGAAGGGGAAAUGGCAAGGCUUCAGUUGCAGGUUCCCUAUUUGAAUGUUACAAGUACCAUAUUUUCCAAGUUCUGUUCAAAUAAGGAUAUUGUGAUAUGCAAGUGGAAAUAAACAUCACUUUGUCAUUUUCACUUUGUAAUCAUGAAUUCUUCUGAUAUGUUUUGAAUAUUUAAUUUGUGUUCAAUCACUGCUAUUGUUGAGUUGAAGCAAAGAACAAUGCCUAUUUUCUGAAAAUAUAGUCUGUUUUUUUAUUUCA